CAGUGCUCAGUGCUCACUUUUCCAUUAUAUAAUACUAGUAUAUCCUAAAUUAGUUGCUCCCUUCUACCCUAGGGUUUCCAACCUUUUGCCCAAAACCCCAUCCUCAGAGAGAGAGAGAGAGAGAGGGAGAGACGGAGAGAGGGAGCGAAAAUCGCAGAGAGAGGGGGGGGAGAGAGAAUCAGAGAGAGAGAGAUAGAGAUAGAGAGAGAGUCCAGCUCAUGUGGUUUGGGAGUGCUUACAAUCUCAACUUAGCAGCCUCUCAAUCUGCACAAGAAAGUUUCAGUCUUUAGCAUUUGUAAGUAUCUUUCAUCUCUCUUUUUCUCUUACUCAUUAUCAUAGAAUAAUUGAGUGAAAGAACUAGUGUAUACUUCAGCUACUAUUAUAAGUUUGCAUCUUUAUACUUUCUUGAAUUCAAGUGAUUAAAUUUGAGGAUUUUGUGUUGAAGACUAUAUAUUAAAUUUGUAUGGGGAAGUCUGGAGGUAAAAAGAAGAAGGGUGGUGUUAGCCAAAACCCGAACAAAGUUUUAGCUGACAGUAAUCCUUUGACUGUAUCGAAUGGAGGGGUCAAUUUGGAUUCUCCGAUUUUCUUGAAAAGGGCACAUGAGCUUAAAGAAGAGGGAAAUAAGAAAUUUCAAGCUAAAGAGUAUGUCAGUGCUCUUGAGCAAUAUGAUAAUGCUCUUAAACUUAUUCCGAAGACUCACCCGGACCGAGCUGUUUUUCAUAGUAAUCGAGCUGCUUGUUUGAUGCAAAUGAAGCCGAUAGAUUAUGAAACUGUGAUUGCUGAGUGUACUAUGGCACUUCAAGUUCAGCCUCAGUUUGUACGGGCUCUUUUAAGAAGGGCUCGUGCAUAUGAGGCGAUAGGGAAGUAUGAAAUGGCUUUGCAGGAUGUCCAAGAAUUGUUGGGUGCAGAUCCGAAUCAUGGUGAUGGGUUGGAUAUUUCUCGUAGGUUGAAGACUGCACUUGGGACACGGUUAGAGGCGCAACAGGACCUUCAGAGCCGCCCAUCACCAGCAGCCCUUGGUGCUUCUGCUGUCCGAGGUGCUCCUGUUGCGGGUCUUGGACCUUGUUUGCCAGCUCGGCCAGUGCCAAAGAAGCAAGCUGCAUCAACAGCUGGUUCUGUUACACCGACUAAUAAGCCGGAUAAUAAGUCAUAUUCAGCACAACCAGCUGAAAAUGGACAUAAGAGUGGUCAUGAUGUCAAGUUCCAAAUCCCAAAACUUGUCCCCAAGGCUUCAAAUGGAUCUUCCAAGUCCAAUGUCAAUAUGGUUAAUGAUAACCAAAAGGAGCGAACAUCGUUUUCAUCAGUGUCACUGCCGAGUCAUGGGCAAACUUCCAAAGUUACAUUACAGUGGAGACCAUUGAAACUUAUUUAUGGUCACGACAUAAGACUUGCAGAGAUGCCAGUAAAUUGUAGUUUCAAAGUAUUGAGGGAAAUCGUGGGAAAACGCUUUCCACCAGCCAAGUCGGUUUUAAUGAAGUACAAGGAUCAUGAUGGAGACUUGGUCACUAUAACAUGUUCAGCGGAGCUUAGAUUGGCAGAAGUGUUUGUUGACAGCUUGAUGGCAAAAGAACCUGAUACAGAUAAAAGUGAUUCUUUUGGACUGUUGAGGUUGCAUAUUGUUGAGGUUAGUCCAGAACAAGAGCCACUUAUAGUGGAAGAGGAAGAGGAGGAGAAGCAACUUGAAAAUGAAGUGAAUAAAGGGGAAUAUGAGAGUGGGUCUUCACAGAGUGAGUCAGUUGUUGAAACUGUGGAAACUGAGACUGAUGGAAAAACAGAGAAGACAACUCUGGAUGAGAAACCAUCAGCAUCUCAAGAUCCAGAGGGAAAGGAAGUGGAGAUGGAUGAUUGGUUGUUUGAGUUCGCUCAGUUGUUCCGUACCCAUGUUGGCAUUGAUCCCGAUGCUCAUAUUGACCUGCAUGAGCUUGGAAUGGAGCUAUGUUCGGAGGCCCUAGAGGAAACAGUUACAAGUGAAGAGGCUCAAAGUCUUUUUGACAAGGCUGCUAUUAAAUUUCAAGAGGUAGCUGCUUUAGCUUACUUUAACUGGGGAAAUGUUCAUAUGUGUGCAGCAAGGAAGAAGAUUCCAAUUGAUGAUUCUGCUGCAAAGGAUUUGGUUGCAACCCAACUUCAAACUGCUUACGAUUGGGUGAAGGAGAAAUAUUCUUUAGCUAGACAGAAGUAUGAAGAGGCUCUUUCGAUUAAACCAGACUUUUAUGAGGGACUGUUGGCACUUGGGCAGCAGCAAUUUGAAAUGGCAAAACUUCACUGGUCAUAUGUUCUUGCCAAGAAAGAAGAUCUCUCUAAUUGGGAUCCGACAGAAACAAUUGAUCUUUUUGAUAGUGCACAGCAAAAAAUGCAAUCUGCCACUGAGAUGUGGGAGAAGCUGGAGGAACAAAGAGCCAAGGAGUUGAAGGAUCCUAGUUCAAGCAAGAUAGAAGAAUUGUUAAAAAGAAAGAAAAAACAGGUGGGUGGUACUGAAGGUGAGUCGAGUCAAAGGGAAAUUUCACCUGAUGAGGCAGCUGAACAAGCAGCAGUCAUGCGAUCACAGAUACAUCUAUUUUGGGGUAACAUGCUUUUCGAGCGGUCCCAGGUUGAAUGCAAAUUGGGUAUGACAGGUUGGGAUAAGAAUUUGGAUACUGCUGUUGAGCGGUUCAAACUUGCUGGAGCUUCUGAAGCUGAUAUCUCAACCGUGCUUAAAAAUCAUUGCUCAAAAGCGGAUGCUGUGGAAGGUAGUGAGAAGAAAGAGAUCGAGACUUCAAGCGCAAAACCUGGAAAUGAUAAUCAUGCUACUUAAAUUUCAGUGUAGUACUUUAUGACACCCCAGGUAGGCUCCAACCAGUUUCUAUAUUUUUCUCAUUGUGAUCUUAACUGGUAGCAUGUUUGAGCGUCCUAUUCUGUUUGCUUCCAAGUUCAGAGAGAACUGCAAAGGCUACCAAACUUUCACUAUAAUUUGUCAACCGACAAUCAUAUUGUUUUGGGUCCUUCACUUGACCUCAUUAUUUAAAAUGUCUUUAUAAAACUAUGGAAGAGCGUUCUCAGUUAUAAAGUUUAUUGAGCUUCUGCUGCA